GCGCCCAACCAAUGGCCGUGUGCUGUUUUCCCCUACGGCUGUGGGCGGAGCGCAGCGGCAGAGAGGUGUGGAACGCAAAGUCUGCGUUCCAGUACUGGAAGGAGGCCGCGCUGUGCGGCGCGCUCCCGUAGUGCUGUUCUGUCUGGAUCGCUUGUGGUCGCGCAGUCAGUGGUCGCUGUGCGGUGGUUACUAUGGCGGAGCUGCCGGCCUUCUUCAUCGCUACCAUCCACAUCUUUCUGCUCGGUGGCUGCCCCGCUUUGACGAAUGCCCUGAUCUGUCUUUGCUCAAGUUGCAUCAAAACCAACUACACAUGUGAGACAGAUGGCGCCUGCAUGGUCUCAAUUGCCAACAUAGAUAAAGUGCAGCAUCACAUGCGAGCAUGCAUUUCCGCAAGCGAGCUUGUUCCGGCAGGAAAACCAUUUUAUUGUCUUAGCUCCGAAGAUAUCCGCAACACAGAAUGCUGCUACACAGACUACUGCAACAAGAUCGACCUCCUGGUACCAAGCGGUGUCACAAAGGAGAAUCCACCAUCAGGCUGGGGCCCUGUAGAGCUUGUAGCUGUAAUAGCUGGUCCUGUGUUCCUCAUUGGCGUCAUCAUUAUCGUGGUGGUCCUUUUCCACUGCCACCAGAGGGUUUAUCACAACCGCCAGCGACUUGACUUGGAAGAUCCAUCGUGUGAAAUGUACCUGGCAAAAGAUAAAACUCUUCCAGACUUGAUCUAUGAUCUGUCUACUUCAGGAUCUGGCUCAGGACUUCCACUUUUUGUGCAGCGCACUGUAGCAAGAACAAUCGUCCUUCAAGAAAUCAUCGGGAAAGGGCGAUUUGGUGAAGUGUGGCGUGGGAAGUGGAGAGGAGGGGAUGUGGCAGUCAAAAUUUUCUCCUCUAGAGAAGAAAGGUCAUGGUUCAGGGAGGCAGAAAUCUACCAGACUGUGAUGCUGCGACAUGAGAAUAUUCUGGGAUUUAUUGCAGCCGACAACAAAGAUAAUGGAACGUGGACUCAGUUGUGGCUUGUGUCUGACUACCAUGAACAUGGCUCUUUGUUUGACUAUCUAAAUAGGUAUACUGUUACUAUAGAAGGGAUGAUAAAGCUUUCCCUCUCAGCAGCCAGUGGCCUUGCUCAUUUGCAUAUGGAAAUAGUUGGAACUCAGGGAAAACCUGGAAUUGCUCACAGGGAUCUUAAGUCCAAAAAUAUUCUGGUAAAGAAAAAUGGUGUGUGCGCUAUUGCAGAUUUGGGUCUUGCCGUGCGGCAUGAUUCUCUCACAGACACAAUAGAUAUUGCUCCAAACCAGAGAGUUGGGACCAAACGAUAUAUGGCUCCAGAAGUCCUGGAUGAAAGUAUAAAUAUGAAGCACUUCGACUCAUUUAAGUGUGCAGACAUUUACGCUCUUGGCUUAGUGUACUGGGAAAUUGCUCGUAGAUGCAGUACUGGAGGCUUCCAUGAGGAAUAUCAGCUUCCAUACUAUGAUCUUGUACCGUCAGAUCCUUCUAUUGAAGAAAUGAGAAAAGUUGUAUGUGACCAGAAGUUACGGCCUAACAUACCCAACUGGUGGCAGAGUUAUGAGGCUCUUCGGGUGAUGGGGAAAAUGAUGAGAGAAUGCUGGUAUGCGAAUGGCGCGGCUCGCUUAACAGCUCUUCGCAUCAAGAAAACACUGUCACAGCUCAGUAUACAGGAGGAUGUGAAAAUCUGAAGCCUCUACCAAUGCUCCUGACAAAAUGUGGAAAAUUCAUACAAGCUGCCAUGAUGUAGUACAUAAGUAUGAGGCCUACCUCAACGUUUCUUCCCAGACAACUGCCAGUCGAACAAUGGGGCCUUCUGGCCAUAAUGGAAGAGAACAGCACACUUAAAUUAAUUCUAUGUUUGGGUCUGAAACAGAAACCUUAUUUUAUUUUAAUUUUUUUCUAUUUUUAUUCUUUAUUUUCUUAGCAUGAAGAUAUUGAAUCGGAUUCAGGUGAUUACCGCAUUGCCUGAUUAGGUUUUUGAGUUAUUUUUUUUUUCUAAAUGAAAUUCCCACGGUGGCGCCCCCUUUCCAUCUGUGUAGGGUAAAAUCCACUAAAUGUAACUUACAUAAAGUGGUUCAGGGUAUCGCCCAGUACACCCUACCAUGCUCAUCUACUGGGUUCAGGUCCUAGUGAGCAAGCUGAGGUCCCGCCUGGAUUUACCCUAAACACAAACGAGAAGACUCCCGUCUGAAAGGAUUGUGUUCAGGCUUUGAACAAUGACAAUGGAGCUUGAGAGCAAACACUACUGUCCACGUAGACCCGCGUCCAUGCAUGUGCAGGGGUGUGUGUGUAGCUAAUUUUUGACCUGUGUUUUGUAGGUGUACAUGUGAGCUUGUCUGCAUGCGCCAAUGUAAAGCUCCACAUUUUUUGAGGUCGAUAUGUGGAUCACUUUGAGUGACACUUCAUGUAAAGUUUGCAUACAGGGCCACUUGUCACCUUAACUUUUUAUGUUGUUAUAAUUUAGUUUUUUUUUUAUGCAAAAGCAAAAACCCAAACUCUCAGCUUGUGUGAACAUAACACUAACAUCCGCUUUUUAGGAAGAGGAGAUUCAUGCUGGUGAAACCUAUUGGCAAUAGAAAUAUUACAAUAAUAGAAAAACAAAAAAGACCCUCAGCUUGUGCUCUCCGAGCGGAUGUAAAGCGAGGAGGACAACCUGCAAAAAUCCAUCGUCAUUUGUAAAUGAAUCUCAGGUGUCAAGCAUUUGCCAACAGCAGGGAUUUUAGAUGUUUGUGCUCAUAAAAUUGACCGGCAUGGGAAGAUGUCAAUCCUUUCCAGCCUGCCUUCUGGGGAACGGACUUGGAAGGAAAAGCUGGGUAUUUUUUUUUUUUUUUUUGCUGCUGAUCAGCAACUUGAGAGACUGUUCUGGCCGCCCGUGGCCGCCAGGCUCCAGCAGCAGGUUGGAAGCGGGUUUGUAAUAGAUUGACACAUCGCAUUUUAAUACAGGAUCUUAGUUGAAUGGGAGAUUUUUUUUAUUUUUUAUUUUUCUUGGUUCAGCAUCUACAGUACAAUAACUCUGAAGCCAUAACUUUUAACUGGAGUGUUUGUUUUCUUUCUUGUUCUUUUUUUCUUUUUUUUUUAUUAUGGUUUUCAAAUUUUUUGGAAGGGGAGAGUAGAGAUUUUAACUUUUUUUAUUAAGUAUUUUAAUUCUUUGUAAAAAAGAGAAACGACUAAAAAAAAUAAUAAUUCAGAAAUAUCUCUAUCUAUAAAUAUAUACACACAUACAUAAGUAUAAAUAUUACCUCUCAGUCUAUUGUUUGUAUAGAGAUCACAACAAGGAAAAACAAAAAACCAAAUGCGCCAAGCUAUAUUUACACUGGAACUAUUUGUACUUGUACUUGGAAUUUUUUCUUCUAGACGGUGGAUUGGUCCUCAUGGUUACAUGUCACAUUUUUUAUAAUGCCAUGUCAUCAUUGUCUGUUUCUUCAGGUGUACACCAUUUUUCCUGUGUGUAUCCUUCAGGGGUUUUAGUGACGUGUCCAAAGUUCUAUAAAUAUAUAUAUAUAUUUUUCUGCUUUCUGUGCAGAACCUGUUAAUAAACUCCCAGUUUUUUUUCUUGUCCGAGGUGCUUCUCAGUCUCAUGCAGCUCACUACCAUACUAAUGUGAAGCUGGCUUGUGCAUUAAUGGGGGUGUAUGUAAACAUUUUUGCAUUCUGGGGAUGGGGUGUCGCUCGUAUUUGUAGAAAUCAUAAGCCAUUCUAAGUCUGCUGUGCAAUCUUCUGGUAAGACAUUUACACACAUAUAUGCAACAUAUCAUCUUCCAAAGUCUAAUUUUGGGGAAAAAAAACAAGGGUAUGAGAGGCUAGAGAAGUGUUUCCCAACCGGUGUGCCUCCUGCUGUUACAAAACUAUAACUUCCAGCAUCCUGGGAGUUGUAGUUUUGCAACAGCUGGAGACAAUUUGGGAAACACUGGGCUAGAGUUAAAGGGGUACUCCGGUGGAAUUUUCUUUUAUUAACUGGUGCCAGAGAGUUAAACACACUUGUAAAUUCAAAUGGAGAAAACAGACAUGGUCGCACAUCCACAACAUGCACAAUGAUCUAAGGCUUCUCAGCAACAUUUAUUAAACGAACAGGUCGUUAGUGUACUUUAUGAUCAUGAAGUGCAAGCCCACUAGCCAUGUCAUGGCCACCUAUAAGUGAUGGGUCGCUAACAUCCCUAGCAUAGAAUAGCGUAGCACUGAGUGCGGCGACCACCACCACUGCAACACCAGUGCCCGCAGGGGGAAUGACCCACUGGCAGAGCAGCCCCAAUGCCACUCAAACAAGUCCCAGGGCCGCGCCUCCCCAUAGACACAGUGUCGUGGCAGCAAUGGACGCGGCAUAGCACCACACCAGUGUGAACAAGGUGUAAAAGCUCACUUACCAUGUGCUCCCAGUCAGACUUGGAGGCUGCCAGAAAGUAAAGGGCCCUGUGCAGCUUCCUGCUAAUUUACAUAUGCCUGGGCUGAGGGGGAGGGGCAGAGUGCAGACCAAGUAAAAAAAGAGGGGGAUAGAAAACACAAUGUGAAUUCAAAUGAAGAAAACAGACAUGGUCGCAAAUCCACAACCUCUUCCCAUUUUAGGAACUGUCCAGAACAGCAUAUGCUUGCUAUGGGGAUUUUCUCCUACUCUGGACAGUUCCUGAUAUGGGCAGAGGUGUCAGCAGAGAGCACAGUGGACAGACAGAAAAGGAAUCCAAAAAGAAAAGAACAUCCUCUGUAGUAUACAGCCGCUAAUAAGUACUGGAAGGAUUAAGAUUUUUUAAUAGAAGUAAUUUACAAAUCUGUUUAACUUUCUGGCACCAGUUGAUUUAUAAUAAAAGUUGUUUACCAGAGUACCCCUUUAAUGUAGAAGCGGUUGCGGUAGGGAGUCCCAAUUGCUCGGUGUAGCAGCCAAAGGCUGGGACGUUCUUUUUGACACGUCUAAGUAGAAUGUAUAAGAAUAUAUUGCAAAACAAAACUGAUCCUACUUGUACGGUUUAUAGGUUUGAUGCUAGCAACUGAGUAUUCGCACCCAGGCCGUAGCUCUCGGAUAUUUUUUCGUAAUGCCCUAGUGAUUUGCAAUGGAUGCGUUUUCUUAUCGAAAGGAUAAAGCUGCAAAAACUAUGUCACAAGUGCUGGAGAAUCCACCUCGCGUCUUGUAAAACAGCAACCAAAGUUAAGCGCGGCAAAGCGAAAAACAUGCAAACUGACAACGCAUUAGGCAACGGAAGAAUCGUGCCAGGUCAUGGCAUCAGCUUGGCACUUUAGUCAGCAUGUCUAUAUUUAAGAUAUAUAUAUAUAUAUCUCGAUUCUCUGUAUGGGCAGAAAUGGGUGACUGAAUGUUUUUUAUUUUUCUAUGAAAU